CAAAAACAUCAGUCCGUAAUAGAACUGUCUGUGCCCAUGAGUAUAGCUUAAUUGUAAGUCAACGGCUAUCCUUGUCAACGGUCGCCUGAUGGCGGAGGACGGCUUUUCAGCACAAGAGUUGAUUCAAGCUUGCAAUAAAGUUAUAGCUUAUGCAGGCCUUGUAGCACGCGUGGCGAGCAUCGAUGAAGUGAAGGUUGUAUGCAGCAGCACGGGCGUCUUCGUGGCAGCCCUAGAGGGUCUGCUGCAGGUUCGCCUGGAGGAUGUCCUUCGGGCACCCUCAACAAAUGCUGAGCGGGCGUACAACUGCAACCUUGUGGUGGAUGCCCUGUCCCAAAUCCUCGACUCCGACCUAUCCCACAUCUCGGGCCAACGUGUUGUCGAGGGCUCUAUCGAUGACAUCUCCAACUUGCUGGAGCUGCUUGCCGCUCUCUGUCAGGGGAAGCCGCUGCUAGGGCCACCAGCUCCGGGUCAUGGGGAGAUUUCUGAGGACGCUGACGACCCAGAUGAAGAAGAGGAGGAGGAGGAGGACGAGGAGCCGCCCUCGACUCAGGACCCUCACCUGGAGGACCAAGCGCUUGGCCAGUCCGGGACGCUCAAGCAUUGGAUCCAACCUGGGCAACAACUGCAGCAGCAGGAGGAGGAGGAGCACCCGCAGCAGGAGGAGGGGCUGCUGGCUGCGGCAGAUGCGACCAGUUCCGCCGGCGCCCAUGCAGCAGCAGCAGCCAAUGGAACGGGCCGGCGUAGGAACGCACCGCAGCGCCCAGCGGCGGCAGCAGCAGCCGAAGGCGGCUGGUUGCCGCCAAGCCCCUUCCGCGGGAUUCCUCAAGAGGGCUUACACAGCGUGGCGUCAGGGGAGAGGCCUCCAGGGUACAACAUGCCAGCAGAGGCUGCAGGUCCCAGCGGCUACGGCGGCAGGCCGGCCAACAGUCGUGUGCCGCCAACCGCACCCACACGCGGACCCCGCCACAACAGCGGCGGCGGAGCCAGCAGCCUUAUCAGCAUCCCCUCUGAUGUGGGAGGCGCGGCACGCCACGGCAGCGACCCCGGCAUAGCAGACCAGGGGUUCAUGCAGCAUGGGCGGUACCCCCAGCAAUACCCACAUGUGCAUGGCGUGGCCCACUUGUCAUGGUCUGCCGAACACCAAGCCCCUGAUGUGGGUGAAGAGGAUGCAGUUCCGGGCCGCAGCGAGACGUCCCUGCUGGAGCGGGCAAUGUCACAUGCGGACGCUACCCUGCGUGGCGGCAUGGGGCAGGGAUACGACUACUACCAUGACGCUGCUGACGCGGAGGAGCAGGGUCGCAGGGCACGUGGCGGAAGCAGAUGCUCCAAGCGGAAGCUAAACCGUCGCAACCCGUGCGCCGUGGCCCGGCCUGCGGGCCCAGCGGCGGCUGCAGCUCGGCAACGGCCAGCUUCCGCGCGACCCAGCAAGCGUGGGCUAGUGGGAGCUGCUGGCGUGGCCAGAUCGUUCCGGGAGGCAUCCCCAGCAGUUGCCCCUUCCACACGUCGUGAGCCAUCAUCACGCCAGCCAGCAACGAAGGGAGGUGUAAGCCGUGCAGCAGCGGCAGCAGGCACGACCACCAUGAAAGGUAGCGGAAAGCGCCGAGAGGGAGGCGUUGGAGACAAAGGCGGUGCGGGCCUGCGGGCGCUGCAAGAACCUGUUGGCCCUCCUAGGCACGUGGCCGGUGAAGGGCACAGGGCGACGCAAAGGGUAGCUGCUGCGUACCGCGCGGCGAUGUCGGUUGCUGCUCCGUUGGAGGCGCUACGCAGCCUCAACCUGGCAGACGGUAGCAGCGGUUCAGGCGAUGAAGGCGAGCCAUCGACGUCGCCUAGGCAGCCCUCAGGCAAGACGGCGCCAGGCAUGCACCUCAGCGCCGACUUGGAGGGGAAGCUGCGAUACGUGUACCGGUUGGCUUCCAGUGACCCCAAGCAGCAGGCGGCCCGCAACGCGGUGCAGAAGCUGGCGGUGGUCGAGGAGCAGAUGCGUCAUGUGCGGCGGCGGGAGAUGCUUGAGCGCCUCGGCAACGCUCGGGCGCGGCGCGAGGCGGCACUGCGCCACACCGCCGACCGGCUGCACGAGCAAGGGCAGGAGCACGAGCGGCGUGUGGAGCAGCUGCGGCUGCAGCGGCUAGCCUCCGAGUGGGCCUCCAAGCAGCGCAGCGCGCAGAUGCGGCGCGCGCUGGCUGCUGAGCUGGCGCUGCGGGAGGCGUUCCUGGAGGUGCUGGAGGGCGAGAAGGAGCUGCGGCUGGCGGAGAGGCGGGAGGCAAAGGAGGCGGGCGGGCUGCCGCAGUACAAGGGCGCCAUGCGCCAUGCGGAGCAGCAGUACAUGCAGCUGUACAACAUGCUGGAGGAGCUGCUGGCGUCGGAGCGGCAGCAGCGCGUGCGCGCCAGCCGGGAGGCGGAGCAGGCGCAGCGGCACAGCAACCAGCUGGCGGCGACGGUGGUGCGAGACCGCAUGCGGGAGCUGCUGGGGCGCAUCGCGAGGGAGGAGGAGGCGGCGCUGCAGCGGAACAGCGUCGCCACGCGGCCGGAGAGCAAGCAGGCGCUCAAGGCGCAGAUGCGGCGGCUGCUGGGGAUGUCCUAGGCGUGUGACAUGGGAGGCGCGGGGCGAUUGGGGCGGAGGUCGUGGGUAGUGCUGGGAUUGGUGUCAUGGUGGAUUAGGGAGAAAGAGUGGCACGGAGAGGGAGGGCUGGAGGGGAGGGCAGUCGGUGGUGAGACGGGAUGUUCUCUUAAUUAGUUACGUGCACGGUGCGGCAUACGUACUGAACAUGCGGGUCUACAAAUGGCGGCCCGGUGUUCUAUACUAUUGUGCUUAUUUGCGAUAGUGGGAAUACGACGGCGGGGCUGCUAAGGGUGGGGCGGCACGCAUGGCGACGAGCCUAUGCGUGUGCUGUCAAGAGGCGGCUUGGGUAGCGGCGCUAUGUGGUAUGGCUAUGAACGGCAGCUCAGCAGAGCGGCUUGACGAGCCCGGUUCUGUGGCCCGUGGUUCGGUAAUGGACACUGCAAACUGUCUAAAGGUACAGCCUUCUUUCAGAAGGCCCACGACGCCGGCAUGCCUUACAUGUGCUGCAAGCAAGGCCUCGGCCGAGCAAGGACUGUACGUAUACCAGGGUAUAAUAACCGAUCAGUAGUGCCGUACGUCCUUGCGGUGUUGCCCACUCGCAUGUACCGGUAGUCCCCUGCCAGUAAACGGAGGGGAACGCGAUGGAGGGGUGUCGUGCAGCGGAGAUACACUGAGGUUUUGAGGUACUGCGCCCCAUGCCAAAGCCAUCCAGGGAGCUGUUCACUUCGCCCCCGCCGUACCAAGUGUGCUGGCUGCUAAUGCCGUGCUGACUUUCAAGACUGGUAAAGGGGCCACCCACAAGACAAUUUGAGGGAGGGACGGGAGGGAGCUUCGGAUGCUUUGUUGAAUGUGGGGAUGAGGUGUGGAACUGCAGAGGUUAUGAAAGCUGCGCACCAAACGUCAGCUAACAGGUACACUAAAGUACAGGGUAUCUAGGGAGGCAUCUGUUCUGGCGGACCUAGUAGACACCCAGCGUGCUUCCUUGGGUGCUGUGGGAUGAGUAUGAGCGGGCCGUGGUGGUGAGGGCGCUACUUGAAUGCGACAGGUACGUUACAGUACGGCGGAAUGUAAGGGAGAGAUCGAUGGGCACAGGGCUAAGCCAUACUAAUACAUUUUAUACCUACAAGCUAUGUGUUUAUUAAUUUGUUGUGAUUAAUCCACACUAGGGCAUCCUAGCCCCGUUCAAGGCUGCAAGCGACUCAACAACCAAAAGCGUUGGCGCAUUGAAAAGGGCUUGCUAAGCAUUCUUGUGACAGCGCCUUGUGUACCUUUCCAAACAUGCUUCUUCAACAGUCGUUGCGUGUGACCGGGCGUCAGCUGUCGGGCGCUCGUCGCUCGCCGCUUACAGCCGCGCGCUUGGGCCCAAUUCGCUCGCUGGUAGAGCAUCGUCCGUCUAUUGACCCCAUGGCGAACAAGCCGCGCCCAGCCGCCCCGACCCCAGGCACUAUCUUCACGGUUUACACGCCUGAGGAGGUUAAUGCAAUUCUUGAAGAGCACAAGGACCGGUUGGUCGUCAUCAUGUGCAAGGCCUCCCACUGCAAGCCCUGCAAGACCUUCAUGUCCAAGUACCAGCGCAUGGCGGAGCUGAUGCCGGACAGUGUGCUGCUGGACAUCAUCGGAGACACCUCCACAGACACCAAGCGGCUCAUGGUGCAGUGGGGCAUCAAGUCCACGCCCACCUUCCGCCUGUACCGCGGCGGCGAGUGCGUGGGCACGGUGAGCGGCGCCAAGGAGGCCAAGGUGCUGCCGGUGGUGACGGGGCUGCUGCGGGAGGGGGAGCGCGGCAAGGGGCUGCAGCCGGAGGACCUG